AUGACGACUAUUGUUAGUACUUCAAAUUCUGAAGUAACAACACCAACAAGUUAUGUAUCACGUUGGAUUGCUCAAAGUCAUAAUGCUUAUCAAAAUAAAACAAAUGAAUUUUAUUCUCCAUCAUCAUCCUCAUCAUCAUCUUGUGAUUUUCGAACACCAACAGCAUCAGCGAAAACUCCACCAAGUAAUAUCUCACCACCAACAACAACAUGGCAAGCACAAGCUAAGUCAAGGCUAGAUGCUGCUGCCGCCGCUGCUGCUGCUGCUACAACUCAUGAUUCUUCAUUUAUCUCAUCAAUGAAUAUUAAUAAUAAUGAAUUACAAGAAAAAUUACAUCGUGUCAGAGCAUUACUUGAUGCUAAAAAACAACGGUUAUCUCGUUAUUGUUCGUCAUCAUCAGCUUCUACUCAAUCAGAUCAAGUGCUUUCUUCAACUAUAGUAGGAGAACAAUCCUCUUCUCCUUGUGCUUCGUCAUCUUCAAUUUUGGCACUUGAGAAUAUCUAUAUUCCACAUGAUGAAUCUCGAUCAUCUACAAAUUAUACUUAUCAUACAUCAUCUAUAUUACCAUGUCUUAUGGAAGAAUCGCCAAGUGAUUCAGGCUGUAGUGAUGGUGCAAAGACAAUAAAUAAUGAUGAUAUUAUUGAUACAACAAUAAAAAAUCCAGCUCUUGUCGAUUUAAGCAAACCAUUAAGUAAAGAAGAAAUGCUUGCAAUUAUACAAGUUUUACGAGAAUUAUGGAGAAAACAAUUUGGUACGGAAAUACCCGAUAUACAAAUAAAACCAACUUUAUCAAUAUCAAAUUCUUCUAUAAAUCGACCGAUUGGAACUGUUGGAGGAGGAACGUCAUAUUUAUCAAAUAAUAAGAAAAGUCAAUAUCAUUCAACACCAGCAUUGAAUAAAUUAAGUGCUGAAUUAAGUGAUAUUAAAGAUAAAUUAAAGAGAUUUUCAUCUAGCCGUGCAACUGAUGAACAAUCAAAACCGAUUGCAACAGAAACGAAAUCAAAUGGUAGUAAUACAGAACCUGAAAACAUUCCAGUCAAAGAUGAUAGUCUAGUAUUUAUUCCACUCGGUGCUCCAUUAACUUCGAAAGAUUUCGAACGAAUGCAAGCAAAAAAAGAUGCACUGAUACGUCGACAAAUUCAACGACGUGAAGAACAAUUAAUAAAAAAAAAUGAACGUUUAACAACAGCUAUUGAUAAUCAAAAUGAAUAUCGUCUUUAUGAAGAAUAUAUUGCACAAAGACGACAAGAAAAUGAUCAACGUCGUAAAACAAUUUUACAAGCACAUAUUGAACAAAAACGGUUCGAAGCUGAUCCACCGUCAUCCAAUGAUUAUUAUUUUGCAGCUGCUCGAAAUCGAAAUCGUUUAAAACGAAAAGCAUCUAUGCAAUCAUUUGUUUCAUUUGAUGAUGAUAUUAGUUAUGGUGGUUCAACAUUUGAUUUAUUUAGUACAGCAAGUGGAAAAAAAUCAUUACAAACACCAAAACGAACUACAAAUCGAUAUGAUUUUAUAUCACCAAGUUUAAUAGCAUCAACACAGGCAUCUCGAUCAAAAAUGAAUCGAGCUGCAAGUAUAUGUAAUAUCAAUGAACAUUAUGAUUCAUUUACAUCAUUAAAUUCUAAAGCAACAAUACCAAUAAGACGAACAACAAGACCAUCAGCUUUAUUUGGUGGUAGUCUAAUGAAUAUUUCUAUGAAUAAUAAUAAUAAUAUUAAUAAACAAUCACAACAACAACAGCGAUCAUUUAAUUUACUUGAUGAUGCAUUUGAUUUAACAAUUGAAUCACCAUUAAGUGGUUCACUUUCAUCUAUAGCUUUAUCAACACCAGGAGGAUCACGUCUUGCUCGAAGUCAAACACAUUUAUCAACAAAAUCAAAUAAAAAAACAAUACUUAAUGCAUUUAAACAAAUUGUUCUUGCUGGUCCAGCUAAUGAACGACAACGUGAUAUUGUUACUCGAGAAAUUGAUGUAUGUGAAGCUCGACAUUUUAUCAUUCUUUUUCGAGAUCAUCGUCUUCAAUUUCGUGCUGUCUAUAUGUACAUACCUGAAACAGAUGUUAUUGAAAAAUUAUAUGGUGUUGGACCUAAUAUUAUUACUGAAAUUAUGGUAGAAAAAUGGUUCAAAUAUAAUUCAGGUAGUAAACGUUUUACGAAUAUUCCAAUUCGACAUUUUUCAAUUCAAUGUGAUGCCAUUAUUAUUCAUAAUGAGUUUUGGCAGAAAAAACUACUUAUGCACAUGAAUAAAUUACAUUAA